AUGGGUCAAUGGUUUGCUAAGCAGUCCCCAUUACUGGCACGCGCAAAGAAAUCCACAUCAGUAACCAGAUCAGUAACCAAUCCGACACCCCCUCCCACUCCCAAAGACGCUGAAAAAAAUGAACAGAAAUCUUGUGCCCCGAAAAGCGAGUACACUCAGGAGGAAAAGACUGCAGCUACAGAUAGAAAAGAGAAAGCUGAAAUAUGUGCUGAUCAGCAUUUUGAUGAGUGCAAGACGCAACUGUCAGAAUUUAGAAUAGAAGUGAAACCUAGCAAAGAAGAAAAAUCAGCUAAAACUCCCGGAAAGGGGAGUGGAAAAUUGAGAAGCAAUAAAAGCUGGAAUGAGCGUUUGAAGGCGAAAUUUGAAUCAUCAUCAAAACGUUUCAAAAUGCGAAAAAAAGAGAAAGAAGAGCAUCCCGCUAAUCAUCUCACUAAAAGUCCGAUGAGUAGAAGAUUAAAAACAUUAGCGGCGCGAAUGGGCGGAAGCAAGAAGGAUAGCGGGCUUCAAAAAAACAAAGUCGAGUCGAAAAUCUCUGCAAAAGAUGAGAAGAAAGUUGCGAAGGGAUCUCGAGUUUCUAAAAAGGAGAAGCGUCAGGAGAGGGCGAAAAUUGUAGUACCUGAAUCAGAUAUGCCUAUAGACGAUGAUGGAUACACUAAAUUCGAGCCCACCGAUGCUGUCUGUCGUCCGGCACGGGCGGAGUGA